GAUUUUAAUUACUACUGAAGCCCUGCCAUCUUGUUUAGAAUGCUCUAAAUGCCUUGAGGAUUAUAUUUAUUGCCUAAAUCAUUGCUCAACAGAAGUACCUGAUACAUGUCUUGCUGCAUGCUUAAUUAGUUAUUUCUCAAUUUUAUUUUAAAUGACUCUAAUUUGAAAGAAUAUGAAGUUAUUCUUAUCCUUUGUGCAUGCUGGAGGUCAUCUUGCUGAAUGGUAAAGCUUAGGAUUUGUAUGUGUAGAAAUGUUUUGAAUCUUUUGGUAACACCUGAUGGUUGACAGAACUUAUGCUUGAAGAUGAUGGCUUAAUAAUUGACUAGGUGCAAAGGAAUCUUUACUUCUUGUUAUAUGUUUGUACAUAAUUUGCAUUCAAUGUUUUUGAGGUUGUUCGUAAAUCCUAAGAUGACCAGAAGAAAAUGGUUAGGCUGUUAAUUUUGCUAAGAAAAUAGAUCAACUAUUUAGUUUUCUUUUCCUUUCUUAUAUGCUAUUUGAGCUCAUAUUCUAUUCUCUUCACCUAUUCUCCUUCAAUUUAAAGCUCUGGCUUUUUCUUGUAUUUAGAAUGUUAUCUAUUAGUCUAAGAAAAACAUAAAAUGUUUCACAUCAUCACCUUCCAUUACAGGAAAUGGUGUGAUAAUUCCAAUAUAACUUAUUUCCAAAUUAGAUUGUAUUAAGAAUGUUUAGAAUGUUAUCACCUUCUAAUAUUCUCUAUCAGUUUAAGAAAACACAAUGUUUCACAUCAUCGCCUUCUAAUAUUAUAGGAAAUGGUGUGAUAAUUCCAAUAUAACUUAUUUCCAAAUUUUGAUUGUAUUCAUGAUUUCUAUGCAUUACUUCGAGUUUAGAUGAGUUGUUAUUUGGUCCUUAGUUCUCUGUGGGAGUGUGCCUUUGUUGUCUUAUUUGUUCUUUAUCUAGCUUAUUUAUUUAUUUAUUUUAUUAUUUUUUAUGAUUUAUUAUUUUUAUUUUUAUUUUUUUGGGAGUAAACUAUGUGCAGAAACCUCUUUUCUUUAGUGGUUUGGCUUUAUCUUCUCUCUUCUCAUGUCUUGAUAACAGAAAGUCACAAUGCCAAUUUGUCUUUUCUAGUAUUGUGAUAAAGAUUGCAGCUUUUACGCAACUACUGUUCUGAGGAGAAGAGGAGGACGAGAGGGGUGGCACUAGAUCUAGGUUCGCCAACGAAAACUAGAGAAUUUUGUAAUUGUUCAUUCAUUCAUCAAUUUUCUUCUCGUCGUGUUGUUUCAAUGUUGAUUUUGAGGGUUCUUUUUUUUCCUUUUCGGGGUGUGUGAUCUUUUUCUUUGUUGUUUGAGAGUCAAUGCGUAUUUUUUCUGGACCAAGAUGUCGUGGUCACUUGCAGUUAUAGCAGGAGUUGCUGCAGGUGGUCUUGCAUUGGUGUUCCUUGGCCUAUUUUUUCUUUGGUUUUACAUAUUAAAAUCUAGAUCUCUAUCCAGCAAGACCUCAGAGACUGGUUCUUCAUAUCCAUCCGCACUUGUCGAGUGGAACAGGGGAGCACAGAUGUGCUUCGCUGCUAGUGGUCCUAGCGGAGAUCAUCAAAGUUUAAGGCAGUUUACACUCCAAGAAUUGGAACUAGCUGCUAAGAAUUUCAAUGAGAGCAACUAUGUUGGCAAGGGUACCUUCGGUCUGGUCUACAAAGGGUUGCUUCUUGAUGGUACUCUUGUGGCCAUUAAAAGGCGUCUUGGUUAUCCAAUGCAAGAGUUUGUCGAAGAGGUUCAGUCCUUAUCCAAGAUUCGGCAUCGCAAUCUGGUUACGCUUAUAGGUUAUUGCCAAGAAGAUGGUUGUCAAGUUCUGGUUUACGAGUACAUACCAAAUGGAAGCAUUUCUGGUCAUCUAUAUGAUACUCAACGGGAUCCAACAGUACGGUUAGAAUUCAAACAAAGGCUUUCUAUUGCUAUAGGAGCUGCAAAAGGUUUGUCACAUUUACAUAGUCUGGUGCCUCCUGUCAUUCACAAGGGCUUCAAAACAAGUGAUGUCUUAGUCAAUGAGAACUUCAUUGCAAAGGUAGCUGACACAGGGAUGGUCGAAUUGCUCCAAAGGAUUGAAGGUGGCUGUCCUUCUCAAACAUCUGAAAGCAAUGUUUUCCAGGAUCCUGAGAUCCCCACUUUGGAGGAAUUACGUGAAGCCAGUGACGUAUACAGCUUUGGCGUAUUCCUCUUGGAGCUUGUUACUGGUCGGGAAGUUGCGCUGUUUAUUUCCCAUGAAUCUACCAGAAGUUUGGCACACUGGGUGGAAGGGCACAUUAGCUUAAAUGAUCUCAUCGAUCAAAGAUUAGCAGGAAGCUUCACUUCCAGAGGAAUGAAAUGCUUGAUCAGGCUUAUUCUCCAGUGCCUAGACUUGUCAGGGAGAAGACGACCAAGGAUGGGAUUAAUUGUCUUAGAACUUGAAAGAAUUCUCGAGACUGAAAUGGCUCUUACAAUAGUCAUGGGUGAUGGCACUGCAGUAGUUACUUUAGGAAGCCAGUUAUUUACCUCUAGUUGAAAGACAUCGUAUGCUCAUUCUGUUUCCAGUUGCCGGCUUUCCUGCCGUUCUUAGCAGUUUCCUCAAUGUGCAGUAAUGGCUUUAUUAGAUAAUGUUGGCAGAUUUGGUUAUCAUUUUGCGGUGAAAGCUCUAUGCUACAUUGAAGAAGAAUUCAGAUAUAUAUAUAUAUAUAUCCAUUGUGGCACAAGACAUGGCGAUCAAAUGGUGUUAAAUCACUAUAUGACUUAUCAUCAACAAAUGGGAUCUGUUUCAGAGUUGCAGGGAGCUUUUUUUUUUUGUGUUCUUUUUGUGUUUUAGUGUUCAACUUGUUCAUGUCUGCAGCUUUAUGCAAGUUGUUAAGUUCUUUUUUAUAGUUCUUUUUUCUGUAAAUUUGUGAACUAAUUAUGUAGAGAUUUGAUUACUUUUGGUUCAUUUGAAA